AUGGAUUGCCCUUUCCUGCUCGCUGAUGAAAAAUGUCCUCCACUCUACGGUAUACAGCACAGUCCCUCACUCAGGUGUGUUCCGUCCCGUAAUAGAGGCUCUUUUGUGGGAUGGCCCAGCGUUAAUAAGCUCGCGGGAGGUGUUAGACUAAUCCCAUACCUCUUCCGUAAUGAGGAUGAGCGGGAACACCUCGGCACACUCCCGGCAACGGAGCGGGCAGGGUCACGCUGUAUGGAGUGUGUGCGUGAGAAAGAGAUACACGCAAGAGAGAGAGUGAAAGAGAAAGAAAGAAAGGAGGAAGAGGAGUGGGGGAGUGUGUGGAAGGGAGGGAUGAGGUCCCUGAAACAUCUCAAACAUCACACCAGGAGUAAUGUGGAAGAGCAGGAAGUUCCUCUGGUCCGUUGCUAUUCUAAAGUGAUGGAGCAUGCAGUAGAUGUUAGCACUCAAACUGACCCGGUGGUGGUCCUGUCCUUGGCCCAGGCUGCUGUGCUGGGCCUCAUAUCACAGAAUGAAAUCUUUGGCGCCACAAUUGCCCCAAACGGUUUCUUCACAGGAGAGGGACGUGAAAGUGCUGCUCCCCAUGGAGAAUCCAUGGAGUAUGAAUUUGCAGAUCAGCUAAUUGGAGCUAAUGGAGAUUAUCUAUCUGAGCCUCAUGGGGAGAACCGGAAACCUGAAGGGGUCUAUGGGGAAGAGCGCAGACGUCCGGGUCCCCGUGGGAGGAUCAAGAGGCCCUUGACUGAAGGAGAACCAGAGGAGUCUUCAGAGAGGUCUCUGGACACACAGAGUCAGGUGAAAGGAGAGAGGUCUGACUUCUCUAUUCCCUGUUAUCUCUCAAAUCCCCAGCAAACUGACAACGAGCCAGAAGUGUUGGACCUUGCACCUCAGAGACAGCCAAUGAAAGAAGAGCAGUGUAACAAAGGGUACCCUGAACCCUCAAGGGAGCCAACCAGCCAACAGCUUGACUCUGACACUAAAGUAUCUCAAACCCAUCAAAUUCAGGUGGGGCAUGGAAAGGUACUGGUGGAAUCAUCUGAGGAAGGGCGGGGAAAAGAGGAGGAACAAGAAGAAGAGGAUGAGGAAGUGGAGGAGAGAGCACUAAACCUGAAAACCACAGUGGAGGAUGUGAACCCAGCAAUAAGGCGGUACUAUGAAUCCAGCAUGACCUCAUAUGAAGCUGCUGAGAUUGGUCUGCCGGGAGAUUAUGAAGAGGGUGGCCAGCCCAUGAUUUGGGCUGAGGGUGAGAACUCCCUCGGUAGACGGAUGCAGAUCGACCGGCUAGAUAUUAACGUGCAGAUUGACGAAUCAUACUGUGUGGAUGUGGGAGAAGGUUUGAAGCGAUGGAAGUGUCGCAUGUGUGAGAAGUCCUACACUUCAAAGUACAACUUGGUUACGCACAUCCUAGGUCACAAUGGCAUUAAGCCACAUGAGUGUAUGCACUGUGGGAAACUCUUCAAGCAGCCCAGCCACCUUCAGACACAUUUGCUUACUCACCAGGGCACACGGCCACACAAGUGCACUGUCUGCAAGAAGGCCUUUACCCAGACUAGUCACCUUAAACGCCAUAUGUUGCAGCAUAGCGACAUCAAGCCUUACAGUUGCCGCUUCUGUGGCCGAGGCUUUGCCUACCCCAGUGAGCUGCGCACUCACGAAACCAAGCACGAGAGUGGACACUGUCAUGUCUGCACACAGUGUGGAAUGGAGUUCCCCACACAUGCUCACCUCAAGCGCCACCAGGUCAGCCACCAGGGCCCAACAACCUUUCAGUGCACCGAAUGUCAUAAGUCCUUUGCCUACCGCAGCCAGCUCCAGAAUCAUCUGAUGAAGCACCAGAACGUGCGGCCCUAUGUCUGCUCAGAGUGCGGCAUGGAGUUUGUGCAGAUCCACCACCUGAAGCAGCACAUGCUUACACACAAGGUACUGACACAGCAGGCCCCCGAACACAAGGGUAUGAAGGAAUACAAAUGUGACGUCUGUUCUCGUGAGUUCACCCUCUCUGCCAACCUGAAGCGACACAUGCUGAUUCACACCAGUGUGCGCCCUUUCCAGUGCCAUGUCUGCUUCAAGACCUUUGUUCAGAAACAGACACUUAAAACGCACAUGAUUGUCCACUUGCCUGUGAAACCUUUUAAGUGCAAGGUGUGUGGGAAGUCCUUCAACAGAAUGUAUAACCUGCUGGGUCAUAUGCACCUUCAUGCCGGUAGCAAACCCUUCAAGUGUCCUUACUGCACCAGCAAGUUCAAUUUGAAGGGUAACUUGAGUCGACACAUGAAGGUGAAACAUGGAAUCCUGGACACCUCAAAUGAAGGACAAGACACCCUGCCUGAUGCGGAGAGUCAGGAAGAUUACGAGGAAGAGAGCUUUGAUUACAGCGAGAGGGAAAAUCUAGCAAACAACAACGCACAAGAUAUGGCCAAACUAGCCAAAAUUAGCUACUACAACUACACCAAGGUUCCCGCUCGCUACAACACGUCUUAAGCAGCUGACUGAGACGCUAUGUGGUUUAAGGUGGGGGGAAAGGACUAACGGCAAUUUCUGUAGUACUCUUGGCUCUGACGUGAGCCACUGAGAAUAUAGCCAUCAUGAAGUGGAUGUGCACUGGAAGCCAUUUUGGCUCUGAGAAACAAAAGUGAAAGCAGCUCUAUUUUAACUGUCAUUUUACAUUAGGGAUCAUCUUGAAGUAUAUCUUUUUUUAAAGCCCACGUUCCUUUUAUGGACCAUCUCAGAGAGCAGAUAUCAUUUCUGAGCCAUAUUCAAUGGUGGAGUGAAAUGAUAUGUACAGAAAUAUAACGACCCUUGUUAUAUACAGACAAUCUACAGCUCUUUUAAACGAACCAAGAUUGAUCUUGUUGGUGGCCAGCAAGUUAGAUAACACUUUAUAGGACUUAACCAAAGCUGACAUAAGUGCAAAUAGUACUCAUUAUGUUAACUUCCCCCGCAUUUCUUUUUUUUUUUUUUUCAACAUAACUGUGACUUUUUGACAAGAUUCUCCUCCAAUAUUUCAGAGUCUGUGUGAAUUUUUAGUGCCUUUUUGUUUUGUUUUAGAUCAGUGUUUCUCAACCACAUUCCUGAAGGACCACCAACACUGCAUGUUUUGGACGUCCCCUUUGUCUGUUACCCCUAUUUCAGGUCUUUCGGUCUCUGCUAAUGCAGGGUACAUACAGGAAUCAGAGAUUGAAAUCCAAUAUCUUUUAAAGACCUUUUUUAAGACCCUUUGCAUACAUUUUAAGACCCCAUCACCACUUCAGGUUUCAAUUAAUAACAUUGCUGACAUUUUAACUUGCAGUAUAUUUAAUAAAUACUGAUUGCAAGAAACUAAUCCUAAACUAAAAGUGAAUUUAUAUACUGAAUAAAAAUGUUAAUCCAGCAGGUGGCGCCUUUACAACAGCAGGAAUACGUGUUUCCCUGGUUACUGCAGUAAACAAAGCAGCGUGACGUCAAAUCUAGCAGGGUUUGUUUGAUUUCGUAAACUACACAGCUUCCUAAUAUUCUUGAGCAUACUGAUACCAAAUUUGAUACCUUGUAAAAUAGCAUUCGAGACUUUUUAAGGGCCUUAAAUUUCACUUGAUUUAUCAAUUUGUAAUACUUUGUAAGACCCUACGGACUCCCUGUAAUGAGUUGAUGAGCUGAAUUGGGUGUGUUUGCUUAAGGAGACAUGAGAAUGUGCAGAGCUGGUGGUCCUCCAGGAAUGUGGUUGAGAAACACUGUUUUAGAUAAUGGGCCAUGCCUUGGCAUUCGAUCACUGUAUGGCCUUCUGGAGAUUUUUCUUUGUGCUUAAAUUAUUGCAAAUAGUAUUUAUUGUCAUUAUUUCCUGGCAUUGACAAGUGUAAAUACAUAGCCAGUGUUACAGAUGGGUGGUUAAAAACGCAGAAACUAAGCCUUGGGUUUAGUUCAAUCUGAGCGUAAUUGCAUUACUUACACAAGUGCAUUGUUUGGUCCAUCUCGAAAGUGCAAGUCUUUUGUCUCGAAUUUAUAUUAAGUUAAUGAAUGUAAUACAGAUUAAGAUGUCCCUUUAAAGCAUUUCAUAUUUUUAUUCACGUUUCAGCCCCCCCAAAAAGAUUUUUUUACUUUGUAGUCUGUUCUUGUACAAUGUACUAGCUGACUGUGUGGGCUAAAACUGAUUUCAUUUAAAACGUGGUGAUGGCCGUGACUUAUUCCAAACCUCAUCCAAUUUAAUCUCCUUGGACGUAAAACCUUGUAACGUGUACAGCAUCUUUCACAAAGUCACCAAUACUGGUUGAAUCUUGACGAGGAUGCCCUAAAAACACUGGACAAAAAUAUUAACUGCCCUUGUGUGUGCAAGAGAGUGUCUCAUCCAUCAUUCCUGCGCUGCGCUCAGGAGUGAUGAACGACAGUCUGCCGACAUGUGACAGGACUCGAGACCCAGCAGAGAAUGAUUGGGGAAAUUCACCACGUAUUCUCCAUCUAGCUAGGCAACUCUAAAAUGUUAAAUGUGUAACAUAAGAUUUGGUGUAUUUCUAUUGUUUUAAAAUGGUUGUCGUCCUUGCGUUUUGGGCUGUUAGCUCUGAGCUAGGCAGGAUUUUUAGUUUUGUUUGAGCUUUUUAAUUCUUCUGUUGCACACUGAUGUGAAUAGAAUGGUGUUAAAUGUGUGUUAAAACAUUGUGCUAUGGACAUUAUUGUAAAUGAAUACAUUUAUUUACCUUUAAACGUGUGUGAACGUGUGUUAUAAAUGAUGCGAGA